CUGGUCCACUGUCUGUCUCCCCGUCCCCCUUUGCUUUGCUUUGCUUUUCCCCCCCUCCUUUCGUUCAAUGUGGCUUACCAUUUGUAGUUGCAGCUUCUGAAGUAGCAGGCAAGGAGACUGUCACGGAAAUGUGUGAGCUUCUCAGUUGCAGCACGACUUAGGCUUCGCCGAAUGUUGGUUUCGAAUUUGGGAUUAUUGGGACGUUAGUUGCGAUGGAGGGUACCUCGGGGGAGAGUGAAACGCAAAGGAAGAAGGAGCUCACGGUCAACGUGCCAGUGCCAGAGGAGAAGCCUUUCACUCUAUGGCCAGGGAAGUAUCAUUCACCUGUGACUGCCGCUUUAUGGCACGCCAGCUCCAGUUUCGCUCAGAGGGCUCGAAAUGUAUCAAUGGAUAGCCCCGCACAGAUUACUCUGCAGAGCAAGACUCCCGAGGAGAAUCGCACGAGCGUCGUCUACAAAUUUUCUUCCGACACCAGUCUUCGAGAAGAAUAUCGUAACCCCUGGAAUCUGUUUCGUAUCGGAAAGCUCUUGGAGGAUCUGGAUGCUCUAGCAGGAACUAUUGCCGUAAAGCACUGCUCUGACAGUGACCACACGACAAGGCCACUGUUAUUGGUAACUGCCUCAGUGGACAAGAUCAGCACGAAGAAGCGCCUUCGUGUUGAUGUGGAUCUUGAAUUAGCCGGGUCCGUAACUUGGGUGGGCCGAUCGUCUAUGGAGAUUCGCAUGGAAGUUAUUCAACCAGUUCGAGAGUUGCGGGAGAAGGACGACGUGGCGCUCAUAGCGAAUUUUACAUUUGUCGCUAGGGAUUGGAGAACACAAAAAGCUGCUCCUGUUAACCAUUUGGUACCUCAAACUGAAGAAGAGAAGCAACUGUUCGCGAUGGGCGCUGCUCGGGAUGCUCACCGCAAGAAGCUUCGGAUGGGAAACCAAUUAUCCUCCACGUCUCCUUUUGCGAAGGAGUACAACGACCGUCUCACGCAAAUCUUAAGAGAGGGACGGGUGCUGUGUGAAAUGCCAGCAUUAGGCGAUCGGAACAGUAUUCUGAUGCGAGAUACGAGGUUAGAGAACGCCAUCAUAUGCCAACCCCAACAACGAAACAUCCAUGGCCGUAUUUUUGGUGGAUUUUUAAUGCGUAGAGCUUUUGAGAUUGCUUUCUCCACAGCAUAUGUCUUCGGCGGUAUCCGGCCUCUGUUUUUGGAAGUUGAUCAUGUGGAUUUCAGACGCCCAGUGGACGUGGGGGAUUUUGUUCGGCUGAAAUCUUGUGUGCUGUACACGGAAACAGAGAACGUCGAGCAACCACGCAUCCACGUGGAAGUUAUAGCCCAUGUCACCCAACCGGAACUGAAGUCUAGCGAGGUGUCGAAUACAUUUUAUUUCACAUUCUCAUUAGAUCCCGAGUGCCAAGCACCUGGUGUGGAUCGGACGGUGCGCCGUGUUCUUCCUGCUACUGAAGAAGAGGCACGCACCUACCUUGCACGUUACAAGGCUGAUCAUAUUGUACUUCCAUCGGGGCAGAUGUGAUGAAAAGUUCAUCAAAUGGCAUCCUGGUAGUUCUGAGUGGUGUAAGUUAUGCCGGAUUCAGAACUUCGGUUGUUUGUGCUGCUCUUUUUCAGAUUCUGAAAAAAGCCCGUUGUUGGAUACAAUUGUUUUUCGAAGGAAGGAAAAUAUUGUCACAACCAGUUGGUUACUAUUAGCUAUAAACCUAGUGGUUAAUAUCUCACUUAGCUCUGUCUUCAAGCAGUCAGUGAUAGAUUGAAGAACGUGUGUGAGAGAUAAUUGCCUCCAUUUCCGUGUUUUUAUUAAUGUGUUAAAUUGCCACUAGAUCCUGAUUGUGGAAACCUUCUGCAGACAUUUGUCCGGUGAUUAACUCUGCUAAUUUUUAAACCUAGGUAUAUCUCUUUCAAUGUAA